AUGUACGCUCAAGCUAUCGUCGCUUUCGGCCUGGCCACCCUUGCCAGCGCCCACAUGAAGAUGAGCUCUCCCGUGCCUUACGGAGCCGCCGACCUCGACAACAGCCCGUUGUUGGCUGACGGCAGCAACUUCCCUUGCAAGCAACGCUCUACCGUUUACGAUGCCGAGGGUGCCUCCAACGUCUACGCUCAGGGUGCCGGCGGCAAGCUUGCCUUCAUUGGCUCUGCCGUUCACGGUGGUGGUUCUUGCCAAGUCUCCAUUACCUAUGACGCUAAGCCCGACAAGAACUCCGUCUGGAAGGUUAUCAAGUCUAUUGAGGGAGGCUGCCCUGCCAAGAACGCUGCUGGCAACCUUGGUGACAACGCCAACCAGCAGAACCAGGACACUUACGACUUCACCAUCCCCGACGACAUGCCUGCUGGAAACGGUACCAUCGCCUGGACUUGGUUCAACAAGAUCGGCAACCGCGAGAUGUACAUGAACUGCGGCCCUGUCACCAUCACUGGUUCUGCCGGCUCUCAGAGCGCUUACCAGGCUCUUCCCGACAUGUUCGUUGCGAACAUUGGCAACGGCUGCACCACUGUUGACAGCAAGGACGUCCAGUUCCCCAACCCCGGCACCUCCGUCGACAAGUUCGGUGAAGCUUCUGUCCUCUCGGCCCCCUCUGGCACUUGCCAGGAGUCCUCCGGCGGUGGCUCUGGCGGUGGCAGCACUGGCUCUCCCGCUCCCACUAGCACUGCUGGAGCCGGCAACGGAGGUGGUGCUCAGCCCACCACUGCUCCUACCUCUGCUCCCGCCGUCUCUCAGCCCGCUGCUUCUUCCAAGCCUGCCGCUUCCAAGCCCUCGGCUUCCAUUCCCGGCGGCGUCUUCAUCACCGUCCCCAACGGCUCCGGCUCUACCCCUACUGCCUCUGCCACCGCCUCUGUUUCCAAGGCUCCCGCUGCCACCGCUGCGCCCAGCGCCGCUCCUUCUUCUGGCACCGGCUCUGGCUCUGGCUCUGGCAACGGUACUGAGACCGGUGCUGGCGCGCAGACUGUCGGUGCUGCUUGCACUGACGAGGGAGCCUGGAACUGCAUUGGCGGCACUUCUUACCAGCGCUGCGCCAGCGGUGCCUGGUCUGCUGUCCAGCAGCUCGCCUCCGGCACCUCCUGCACUGCCGGCAUGGGCUCUUCUAUCAACAUGGUUGUGACCCGAAACGGUCGCAAGCGUGCCCUCCGCUUCCGUUCUCACGCCUAA